AUGAGUGAGUUAAUUAAUUCCGCUGGUGAAAAAGGAGCCCACAUUAAGGCGGUGGAGAUGGACACCGAACCACUUGGGAACGGCAACGGCAUACCGUUCUCGGAAUUCGUCGUUGUUUCGGAUAGUAAAAGCGAUCCAAUGGAGCUGCCGACCGCUCAGGAUAAUUCUUUGUCCAUGGCAACACUUCAGGGGGCUUAUCCUGGUGCAACGGGAAUGAAGUAUAAAAAUCCAAAGACCGGAGCACUGAGAGCAGUGGAGGUUGAUUCCUCUGGAACUAAACUGUUACCACCCCUGGAUGGAUGGGAUGACAAAGUGUUCAUGGUAAUCACUUCGAACACACGCGCUGAGCGAGGUUUGGAAAUUUCAUGUCUUUGA